AUGCAAUCCUUCGUGGCCCAAGCGUUGCUCCAGUUCCUGAACGACCGAGAGAACCUCUUCGGAGUCUCCAACGGCUACUGGCUGGCGGCGAUGAUGACCGCCAGCUCGAUCGUCGCGGUGUGCACCGUCAACUACGUUUUCUUCACGACUUCGAGGAUCGGCGCCAACAUUCGGUCGCUAACGAUGACGCUCGUCUUCGACAAGGCCUUACGCCUAUCGAGUGCUUCAAGACAAGAGUACACACUCAUGAGUGUGGACGCCGAGCGAGUCUUCACUGCUACGCUACAGAGUCCGUGGCACGUUAUGGGCCCACUGGCUUUUGUCGUAUCAAUUGUGAUGAUUGGAGUGCUACUGGACGCGUACUCGGCGUUGGCGGGUGCGGUGGUGCUGGUUGUGGUAAUGUGGAUCACAGUCAAGCAGGGAGAUCGUAUUGCGCACUUACAGCGGAGGCUGCUGGAAGUCAUUGAGAAGAGGGUCAAGGUCACGUCGGAAGCUCUUCAGGGCAUCCGGGUCAUGAAAUACUACGCGUGGGAAGAACCGUUGGCCCAGCGCGUGGAGAAACUACGCGCUCGAGAGGUGGGCUUCCUGCGCAAAUUCCACUCGUUCCAGGUGGUCAACACGGUCAUGUUGUUCCUCACGCCGACGUACCUCUCAGGAGUGACGAUGGGCUUGUACAUGCUCAUUCGGAACUAUGUCACGGUCAUCCAAGCUUUCACGCUCAUUGCAAUGGUCAACAUUUGUCGUACGGCUCUGAACCAACUGCCCCAAGCGAUCGGGGGAUACUCCAAGGCCAAGAUCUCGUUCGCGCGUAUUGAUCAGUACCUCGGAGCAGAUGAAAUUGCGGCCCAAUACCUCAUUCCGGCGCCUUCGUCACAGCCCUGCGGUGUCGAUCGAGCUGUCGGUAGCGGGGUUAUCUCGAUUCGCGACGCUAGCUUCCGCUGGCCGGGUGCUUCGCCUGUGGAAAGCGUUGUUGUGGUUACCCCAUCGAUGGACGACGCACAUGACGAUGAAGUGGACAAGGCAAUCGAAAUCUUGGGCGUUCAAGAUCCACAACAACCAAGCAGCCCAAGCGACUCGCUAGGCUUUAGGCUCGAAGGCGUCAACUUGGAGAUUGAGCGCGGUUCACUAGUAAUGUUCGUUGGUAAGGUGGGAUCGGGCAAAUCGAGUCUCGUGAACGCCAUCCUCGGAGAAAUGCCGCGAACUUCCGGCGUCCUGGAAGUCGGUGGGCGAGUGGCCUAUGUCAGUCAAGACACCUGGAUCCGCAACGCUACUCUCCGCGACAACAUCCUCUUCGAGCAAGAGUACAACGAGGAGCGCUACGCACAAGUGCUGGAUGCGUCGCAAUUGGCCAUGGAUCUGCGGGCGCUACCCAACGGAGACGCAACGGAGAUCGGUGAGCGUGGCAUCAAUCUGAGUGGAGGCCAGAAGGCUCGCGUGGCGAUCGCGCGCGCGAUGUAUCGUUCUGGGACGGACGUGUUGGUUCUGGAUGAUCCGCUGACGGGCCAGACGCGGUUGCUGGUUUUGAAUAGCCACUACGACUUGCUACCACACGCCGACUACGUCGUGGUUAUGCAAGACGGUUUGAUCGCAUCGCAAGGAUCGUAUUCAGACGUGCUGGAGGCUUUCCCGAGUCUUGAUGCACAGUUGAACUCGGCUGGUGUCGGUGAGUCUGGUGGGUUUCUUGAAGCCGCUGAUACUCUGGAAGCCGUGUCUGUAAGUGCCGACGAGCUCACAAGUGAGGAGGAAAUCGAAAGCGUGACUGAAGCGAGUGAAUUCGAGCCCGCCGGACGAUUAAUUCACGAUGAAGAUCGAGUUCGAGGGUCUGUAGGAGGCCACGUGUACAAGACGUACUUCGACGAGUCUGGAUUCAAUGGAAUUCUCGUUGCACUCGUGCUCAGCUUGGCGUACUGCGUGAGCCAAGCUGUACGAACCGUCGUCGACUGGUGGCCCGGCCACUGGGCACGAAACAUGACUCGCUUCGGCGUCGAUCCGUCUUACUCUGGAACCACAUUCGGCAUGUGGUACUUAGGGCUGAUUGUGCUUUGUUCGGUCCUGACAAUGGCGCGCGCGCUCACUCUGAUCGCUUCGUGCAUGCGUACGUCGCAGCGCCUGCACGACCAACUAUUUCGCCGCGUGUUGGCGGCCCCGGUGACUCGAUAUUUCGAUGUGACUCCAGUUGGCCGAAUCCUCAACCGUUUCUCCAACGAUCUGGACCAAAUGGACGCCGUCCUCCCUGAAGAAUACCAGCUCCUGUUCCAGAAUGUGUCGAUGGUGGUGGGCACUCUGGUUGUGUCAGCCUUCGCGUCCUACUGGAUCGCUGUUCUGUACAUUCCUCUCGUCGUCGUCUUCGAGUUCAUGGGGGAUCACUUCAAGAAGUCGCUCAAGCGGCUCGAAGGUAUCACUCGGACGCCUGUUUACAACUUAUUCAGCGAAACGCUGUCGGGUCUGGCCACGAUUCGGGCCUUCAAGAUGGAGCGCGCGUUCUCGGCUCGCAAUCGGCAGGUUGUGGACCGGAACGGCAGUGUCUUCUUGAGCUACUGGGGCGCGGGCCGCUGGCUCGCUUGUCGUCUCGAUCUGCUAUCAGUGGUGAUCAUUUUUUCAGUCACCACGUAUCUGGUGUCGGCCCGAGGCAAAGUGGGCGAUCUCACGUCAGGAAUUUCGCUAACAUACUCGCUGAUGCUCACGUCAGUCGUCCAAUGGGUCAUGCGGUCUGUUGACCGUACUGACAACGCCAUGACGAGCGUCGAGCGUUUGCUACACUUCCGAGACAUUGAAACUGAGGCCAACGAUGGUGA